CCAUCCCUUUCAGCAAUAUCAGAAGCAUCUCUGUCUAUUAUAACACCCAAAGACGUCCAAGCACUUCCCUCGUCUUCUCUUUCCCUGCAAUUUACUAUAUAUCUUCCUUUUAUGUUUAAUAUAUAUCAGUUUGGAGUUAUAAAAUUCGGGAAAUUAUAUGUAUGAGCGUAUUCUCCAAACGUACACGUGUACUCGAUUGAUUACUUAUAGCUCGCCACUGUGUGUUUGGAGGAACAAAUUUGUAAAUUUGGAUCACCAUAAAAUUUCCAAUGGCUUUGAGCAACAAAAAGGUCUCCACCUCAGCUCCUCGAUGGAAAUAUCAUGUGUUCUUGAGUUUUAGGGGUGAAGACACCCGCAAGGGUUUUACAGAUCAUCUCUUCAAGGAAUUGAAGGAGCGAGCAAUCAGUGCUUACAGGGAUGACCCGAAUCUUGAAAGAGGGACUACUAUCGAUACAGAGCUCAUGCUGGCAAUUGAACAGUCGAGGUUUUCAAUUGUCAUCAUUUCGAAAAACUAUGCUUCUUCUGAUUGGUGCUUGCUUGAACUUGCACAUAUUUUUCGAUGCAUGAAAGAGGAUGGUAGGAUCAUGCCAAUCUUUUAUGGCGUAGAACCUAGAGAUGUACGUCAUCAAACGGGAACUUUUUCAGAACAUUUCACCGAGCAUGAAAAGAAGUUGGGAAAAGAUGGAGAGAAAGUGCGCGAGUGGAGAGAUGCAUUGACAAAAGUGGGUAAACUUGCUGGCUGGAAUUCAGAGAAUUAUAGGUACGACACAGCGCUUAUCAAAGAAAUUGUUGAUGUAGUGUGGAAGAAAGUUAAUCCUACAUUUCCAGGGGAAGAUCCUACACAGAAAUCGGUCGGACUUGGUAAAGUCAACAAAAUAGUUUCGCUUUUGAAUCUAGACUCAAAUGAUAUUCGGCUCGUAGGAAUAUGGGGAGCGGAUGAGAUAGCCAUUAAAACAACUGCUGACUUAGUCCAUAAUAGUAUUUCUGAUCAUUUUGAAGUAAGCAGCUUUCUUAGAGAAAUCAGAAAGGUUUCCAAAAGUAAGAGUUUAGUUUAUCUUCAAGCUCGGCUUCUGGAACAACUAAACGGAAGGUACGUACCAGUUUCAGAUGUUUAUGAGGGAAAGAAUAUGACAAAGAAUUGUGUACGAAAUAAAAAGGUUCUUCGCAUUCUCGAUGAUGUGGAUCAAUCAGACCAAAUAGAAAUCCUGGGUGGAGAGAAGGACUGGUAUGGCAAUGGUAGCAGAAUCAUCAUUACAUCUAUGAAUCGAAAUCUGCUAGUAGAACAUGGCAUAGAAGAACCAUAUUUGGUGGAGGGAUUGAACAAAGAUGAAGCUCUUCAGCUCUUCUAAGUUCUAACUGAAGACUUUCCAGAAAGAUCAACUAUAUUACUAUAUUAUGUCGUAUAUACGCUCAUAACAAUGUUGAAGUACCUUUACUAUAAUGUUGGUACUUUAUAAUGUACUAUCACUUUUUAAAUCAUGUAUUGUUCUGUGGAAUGGCAUUUUGUUAAUAAGUGCUUCUAUUCAGACUCC